UGAAUUUGAAUGAAUGGUAAUAUAACAAACAAAUAUGUCUACCUUUCGUCAUUGCUUCACGUAAAUAACAAAGUACAAUUUCAACGAUAUGAUAUCUUUCUUUUCGAAGCUUUCAUUGAAUAACACCGUAAAAUCUCCCAUCGAAUUCGCUAAGCCAGCUUAUAUGGACAAAAGUGCAACAUUACAGGAGCUCGGGUAUAAUGACGAGAAUGACUUAAGAGAAACAAUUUACGACUUUUUGCGGACCAUAAGGGACCCAGAAAAGCCGAGUACACUUGAGGAUUUAAAAGUUAUUUAUGAGGACGGUAUUUUUGUAAAAGAGCCAACUGAAGACAAAGUGCCUGUUUUGCGAGUGGAGUACAAUCCUACAGUGCCUCAUUGUUCUCUGGCGACGCUCAUAGGACUGUGCAUUAGGAUUAAGAUACAGCGGUCCCUUCAUCACCCCGUUAAAUUGGAUAUAUUCAUCAAGAAAGGGGCACACACAACAGAAGAUGAAAUUAACAAACAAAUCAAUGACAAGGAACGGAUUGCAGCUGCGAUGGAGAAUCCUAAUCUGAGAAAUCUCGUCGAGAACUGCAUCGCUGACGAGGAGUAA